AUUGUUACAAUGAGGUUCUUUUUUUGUUACAAUGAGUUAUCCUCCAUAUCAUGAUAAUCAUCGUCGACCACUAAUUUCACCCACGAUUCAUCCAACCUUCCGCUUCAGCUACAUAAGAACACUUAAAUUCUGGUUUUAUGAUUUACGCGCUAUCUAAUGGAUUUAGCUUAAUGUGCAUGUGUAAUCCUUCAUAAAGAAAUUAAAUUAGCUAAAAGUGUCGACAAGGUUGUGAUACCCUAUUAUUUUAAUAAUAAUUUGAAAGGGGAUCAGGGAGAGAGACGUUGGCAAUUGGCCUUGACAGUUACCUUAAAAUUUGAAAAAAAAGUUGCAGACACAAUACAUAUAAAAACAGAGAAUAAAAUCAGAGGGGACCAGUCUUCCAGUCCUCAACUCUUUGGUGCCCGUCUCUAAGGAUCUCCAAUUCUAUUUUCUACUGAACUAUGUUGGUCAUAAAUCUGAAAGCUUUGAGAUUUGAGAUUAGUUUUCUAGAUGGAUUUUGAUUAAUACAUACAAGUGUGAGUGUUGCCUAUUUUCACCUUUUUGGGUUUGAAAUUUGUUGAGUUGAGAUGGAAAAUAUAGCUGAGAAAAGCAAGGAAGAGAAUGGGUCAUUGAGUGACUCGGUGUCGACUUUGAGUUCGAGUACAUCCAGUUCGAAGACAUCCUCUAAAGGGAGCAUGGGGAAGCACUGUCCGUUGGGACGGCCUUUUCGGAAGGCCCAAAUGACCACAAAAGAUGAUGUGAAUAAGUAUGAUUCAAAUAUUUCAGAAUUGGAGAUGAUGAAAGAGAGAUUUUCAAAAUUGUUGCUCGGUGAAGACAUGUCUGGUAGUGGGAAAGGGGUUUGCACAUCAUUGGCCAUUUCAAAUGCCAUAACUAAUCUAUAUGCUACUAUAUUUGGGCAAUUAUGGAGACUAGAACCGCUGACUCUGGAAAGGAAAUCUAUGUGGCGAAGAGAGAUGGAGUGGCUUGUUGCUGUUAGCGACCACAUCGUUGAAUUAGCACCUUCUUGGCAAUCAUUUCCUGAUGGAAGUAAGCUUGAGGUCAUGACUAGUAGAACUAGAGCAGACCUUUUUAUUAAUCUUCCAGCUCUUCAGAAACUUGACAACAUGCUUAUUGAAAUACUAAAUAGCUUCACCAAUACUGAAUUUUGGUAUGUGGAUCAAGGGAUAAUCACUGCAGAGGAUGAUGGUUCAGCCUCUUUUCGGAAAGUUAUCCAGCGCCAACAAGACAAGUGGUGGCUGCCUGUCCCAAGGGUGCCUCAUGGUGGUUUGCUUGAAGACACAAGGAAGCAGUUAAAUCUUAAACGUGAAUGUGCUAGUCAAAUUAUGAAAGCUGCCAUGUCAAUAAAUAGCAUUACAUUAGCUGAGAUGGAAGUUCCAGAACCAUAUUUGGAUGCUCUUCCAAAGAAUGGAAGAGCCUGUCUAGGGGAUGUCAUCUACCGCUACAUCACUUCAGAGCAUUUCUCCUCUGAGUGCUUGCUUGAUUGUCUCGAUCUAUCAACUGAAUAUGUUGCUUUAGAGAUAGCAAACCGUGUAGAGAGUUCAAGUUACGUGUGGCGAAGAAAACAUCAUCCGAGACCUCCAACUAAUCCAAGUCGCUCUACAGCAAAAUCAUCGUGGGAGAUGGUGAGGGAUCUAGUGGUUGAUGGAGACAAGAGGGAGUUGCUUGCUGAGAGAGCUGAAGACCUGCUGCUUUGCCUGAAGCAACGAUUUCCCGGCCUAACCCAAACCACUUUAGAUGCCAGUAAGAUUCAGUACAACAAGGAUGUAGGCAAGAGUAUCUUAGAGAGCUACUCAAGAGUCCUUGAGAGUCUGGCUUUUAAUAUUGUGGCACGAAUUGAUGAUCUACUACAGGUUGAUGACUUAACUAGGCGGUCGUCUGUUCCUACAGUCAGUGUAAUUGGCCACAAAAAGGUGUCGAUCCCAUAUUCAGUGCUGCCUGUCUCAGGCACCCCAUAUAGAACAAUUUUGGCUACACCAAACUUUACACCUGUGCCUCUAAUAAGCCCUGCUAGGGGGGAGAGAACUCCAUUUCUCAGUGCAAGUAGUAACAAACUGGCUCGAAGUGGCUUUGGAGUGAAGAGAGUCUUGUCAAAUUAUCUUGGUUGUGAAUCAAAGACAAAGAACUCUGGAAAUGCCUCUGCAGCAGUUUCUAACAAGACUUGUGAAAACAUUGAAAUUCCAGAGUUAUACCUUCAAGCUGGAAAUGCUAUACGAUCAAUAGACCGCUAAUCUGUCGAAUUAAUUAGGAAUGAACAAAGAAAAAGGAAAAAAGAUGGAUACUUCUGCUGGACUUCAUUGUAUUUCGCUAAUUACGCACUUUUUUACAUUCUAGUAAUUGAGCUUAUUUGUUAGUGUUGGUGCAUUUUAAUAAUAUUAAAUAAAAUUAUUAAAAUGUAUAAUUCUACCA